AUGGCAGACACCCAAGGCCUUCCAGACUACGUCCUCGACCCCAAUGCUGUCUUAGGUGACACCGACGCCGCCUGGCGUUAUGGAAGACCACCAAGUUAUAAAAAGACCCGCGAAUACUACGAGCAGACCAGACAGAUGACCCACGAAGCCACAUCCCUCCCCUCGCUCGUCGAAAACCUCGUCAAAAACUGGGAAGUCGAGGCCUCAUUCAAAACCUCCCUUUCGGACUGGCGCACCGUCGACCAGAGCUGCUACACCUUCUCGCUAAACGGCGGGCCGGCGACAACGGGGGAGGACAUGCUGAAGGUGGGCACUUACAACGCGCUCAUCACGCCGAAUAAGUACUACGACCCCGCGCAGAAUGACUUCGAGGCGAGCCAUAAGUCGUUUAAGAGGAUGAUGCCGACGUUUGCGUGGGAGGUGAAGGAGGUUUAUAGUGGGCCGCCUGUUGUGGUGUUUCGGUGGAGGCAUUGGGGGGUUAUGGGGAGUGAUUAUAUGGGGAAUAAUGAGUCGGGUGAGACUGUCAGGGUCAAGGCCCAUGGUGGGGUGAUUGAUAUCGAAGGGAUUGUUGUUGCUAGGGUGAAUGAGAAACUGCAGCUGCAGAAGAUUGAUGUGUGGUUUGACCCGAUGGAUAUGUUUCGGCAGAUUGCAAAGGAGGAGAAUGGGUUGAAAACCGACGAUGUGGCCGCUGCUGCUAGGUGUCCAGUCAUGGGAGGGAAGAAAGACGAAUGA